AUGCAUCUCAAAAACAUCGUUGCCGCCCUGGUGGCUUUCAGCUCCCUAGCUGCUGCUGCACCCGCGCAAGACUCGAGAGUCGCGGUCAAGAGACAAGACCAGAAGCAGAACCAAGGCAAGAACAACGACAAGAACAACAACAACAACAAUAAUAAUAAGAACGCCAAUAAAAACAACAACAAUAACAACAAUAACAAUGGAAACAUCAACAUCAUCCAAAACAUCAUCAGGCCCAACAUCAUCGUCGUCCAGGAGAACCUUGACGCCAUCAACCAGCUGCAACGGCAAAACGAGCAGGAGCUCGCGGCGCUGGUGCAGUCGCAGCUCGCGCUAGCGACGCAGCUGCAGACCGUCAAGGACAACAUCCGGAUCAACCACUUCAAGGCGCAGUUCCCCCAGGCGAACACCGUCAUUGUCACCGUCACCGGCCUAGUCGACAACAGGAACCAGGGGCAGCAGAACCAGCGAUACCUUGUCAACCAGCUCCUUGCCGACAACGGCGUGCCGGGGAACCAGACUCUCGUCAUGGUCACAGACCCGACGCCCAUGCAGAUCUCGACACUGCAGGCUGCCUCCUCACAGGCAAAUGCCUUUGGCGCCGCCAACGUCGCGUUGGAAAACGCUCCGGCAGUCGGCGGGUCCAACAACUCCAACGCCCAAGCCCCCAACGCAGCCCCCGCCGACGACAGCACCCUUAGCCUCGCCGCUUUCAACCAGGCGGCACCCUUCGGUCAGAUCGGGCAGUCAGUAAUCCUCCCCGCCGGCACGCAGGCCCCGCAACUCACCUCGGUUCCGGACCCGGCCGCCAUCAUCCUCCCUGGACAGCAGGGCCUCUUUGUGCAGAACGCGGGGACGUUCCUCUCGGACUGCGCGACGACGGCGGCGGGCGGAAACCAAGCUCUGGCCGGAGUCGCGGCCCAGAUCUUCUCGUCGUUCCAGCAAAUUGCCGCCGCGCAGUACGCGGCGCUUUCGGGUCUGAGCAUCUACCAGGGCAACAAUGCGGCGCAGCCACAGCCAGCCGCCGCGCAACCUCCCGCGCAACCCGCGGCGGCGCCUCAAACAAGCGCCCCACCUGCCCAGGCCGUGGCGGCACCGCCACCGGAGAGUGCCCCGGCCCCGCAGCCGGCAGCAGCCAUAGCCGUCGGGGCGAACCAAGCCGCCGGCACGCCAGCGCCGCAGGGAGCCACCGGGUCUGGAGUGGUCAUUGUGGGAUCGAGCCCAGGAGGACAGAGUGCUGCACAGCCCCAGGCUGCUCCGGCCCCGGCCCCGGCCCCGGCCGUGUCUGCGGCGGCUUAG